GGGAACUUGGUUCCUAGAGCCUCUUCAUUUCCUUCUGGAAUCAUAACGUUAGCAGAUUAUGUUCAUCAAAGAGGAUUGAAGCUUGGGAUCUACUCCGAUGCAGGGACAGAAACAUGUAGUGAUACAAUGCCUGGAUCAUUGGGAUUUGAAGAGCAAGAUGCAAAAAUUUUUGCUUCAUGGGGAAUUGACUAUUUAAAGUAUGAUAAUUGUAACAACGAUAAUGAAGAUGUUAAAGACAGCAUGACUUCACAUGCGGAUCAAAAUGACCAGUGGGCAUCUUAUGCAUAUCCUGGGGGAUGGAAUGAUCCAGAUAUUUUGGAAGUUGGAAACGGCGGCAUGACUCAGGCAGAAUAUCGAUCUCAUUUUAGCAUUUGGGCAUUGGCCAAAGCUCCCUUGCUGAUUGGGUGUGAUAUUCGAUAUAUGGACAAUUCCACCUUCAAAAUACUUAGCAACAAAGAGGUCAUCGAUGUUAAUCAAGAUGGACUUGGUCAUCAAGGGAGAAAAAUUAAACAAGAUGGAGAUUUAGAGGUUUGGGCAGGACCAUUGAGUGGGAACAAAGUGGCAGUGGUGCUGUGGAACAGAGGAGCAACGGAGGCAACCAUCACUGCUUAUUGGUCAGAUUUGGGCCUCAACGCCACCACCCUCGUCACUGCUCGAGACCUAUGGGAUCACUCGAGGGUGAGACUACCAAGUAAAGGACAAAUCUCAGCAAGUGUUCCAACACAUGACUGCAAAAUGUAUGUCCUUAGUCCGAUGCCACCGUCGACCCAGAGGGAUCGAAGUGCUGCAAAACGUUCAAAUGUGUAAUGUUUAUAUAUAAAAAUUAAUUCUGUAACAAAAUUGGUGCAUUUCUAUACAAAAAAAUGUUGAAACUAUUAGUGCCUGCAACUUGUAUUAAAUCUAUUAAUUUCUGCAACUUGUAUUAAAUAUAUUACUCAUUAUCCCCUCCAAGAUUUAGUUGUGCUAUUUUUCAUAUAUUCAAUCAAGAAAUUUGUGAUGAAUUG